AUGCACACGAAGUCUGGAGGAUAUCUCGCCAUAGAUGAAAAGUCGCAGCAGCAGGUUCGGAUGAUAUGGCACUCGCUCUGGGUCAAGAAGAUGUAUUUGACCCUCCAGUCUGGGUUUAUGGCGCAAUCACUGAGUACCUUCUACGACCCACCUAUGCCCCUUGAUUCGCACAUAAACCACACAAUGCAAUCAUACCCAGACACGAGGUCGAGUUCCCCAUGCGCGUUCUUUUUCGCUUGCACGACCCUCUUCAUCAAUACCCAUGAUCUUGUAACUGCAGAGAAGCACCUGCAUGUCAUGGUAGUACAAUGCCCUUUCAAGUGGCUCCCGACUGCCGACUUUACCUCCUUUCACAGACUGGAUGCUAGUUUGUCGUGCUGGUUCGCUCGUUUGCCCAAACUCAUGCAGUGGAGGGGGGCCACUGUUGAAUUCGCAAUGCAAAGGGAUGAUACAAUCCGCCGCCUAGCCCUCCUGGUCAACAUACGAUACAUGUACUUUAGACUCCGACAGUACCGACCGUUUUUGAUUCUGGCCUGGCGAUUUUCUCACCCAUGCGCCUGUGAGAUGAAUCAUCAUCUGACUAGCAAGGAUUUGGACUCAGUGCAGUCGUCUCCUUUUCUUCCCAUGGUGUAUUCUGGUGCUAUCAGAUGUGUCAACACCGCUCAGGACAUUUUGAAAACUCUCUAUGUUUCCUAUGAAAAACAGAAGGAUGACGAUGCUAAGUGCGAGCAACUAGACUAUCUCUAUGCUGUUGGCCUUGUUUUGAUUGCGGCGAUGCGCAUGCGCUGUCUCAUGAGUGGAGCCCAGUUGGGUGCAUGUCGCACAGCCGCAGUCGCUGAAUCGAUGGCUAAGAUGGAGAAUGAUUUCCUGAAGAUUGACACCUUACUGCGCUACUACCAAGAAAAUUGUGAUCAGGCACCUCAGCUGAAGCAGCGAAUCCAGCACUGCCGUGAUACCCUUGCUCUCAUUCGGCUGCAGUCCGUGUCUUCAGACGGAAUCAUUUCGGAUCAAGACAUCACCUUCCCCUACAAUGCCUGGUGCUGCAUCUAUGACCGUCUUGACAUUGACGUUCCAUGCGAAAGGUUCUCUCGUGGAAAUCCCGCCAAUGGUAAGGUUCAUGGCCGCAGGAUGACCUUUGGUUGGCUAGAGAGUUUGCCUUUUGACCUGGACGGUCAAGGCGAAUAG